GAGGCAGGCAUCAGACCUUCCUCACCUCCUGAGUCUCCCUCCUCACCUCUCCUCUCUACUCAGAGUCCCUUCUACCGACACCAUGGGCUGCUGUGGUUGUGGAAGUUGUGGUGGCUGCGGCCGUGGCUGUGGCGGUGGCUGCGGUGGUGGCUGCGGCCGUGGCUGCGGUGGUGGCUGCGGCCGUGGCUGCGGUGGUGGCUGCGGCGGUGGCUGUGGCAGCUGCACCAGCUGCAGAUGCUACCGGGUGGGCUGCUGCACCAGCUGCUGCCCCUGCUGCUAUGGCUGCUGUGGGGGCUGCUGCAGCGUCCCCGUGGUCUGCUGCCACCGCCGCACCUGCAGCUGCAACUCGUGUGGCUGCGGCUGUGGGAAGGGCUGUUGCCAGCAGAAGAGCUGUUGUCAGCAGAAGUGCGGCUGCCAGAAGCAAUGCUGCCACUAGGUGACCGGCUCAGUCUCUGUUCUGGAUGUCUCUCUACCCUGUUCACCUGCCCUACCUGACAUCACCUGGGAUUCUAGGACUUAACCUUCCUGGGCUGCAACUUUGCUCCUGGAUUUGGAUUCCUGUCUCUUCUGCUUUGCGUAUUUUUAGUUUCUCUCUCUGAAAAGUUUCCAAUCGAUUAGCAAACAUCCAAAAUAAAGGCCCAAGUACAACCUGACUCCUAAAGAAGAGUCAACAUCACUGAGCUCCGUCAAAUAGGAUCACAAUUCCCAAUAUCCUUUAGAUGAACAUUUAGUUCUCAAUUAUGUGCUCUUAUCACUGUAUACCUUUUCUAUCACGUAUUCCUGUUUAUCAACAACUGUUUUCUAAAUUUCCUAAUAAAAUAAUUCAAUUUAUCA